AGCUCUCCCCUCCCUCCGCUCUUCUUUCUUCUUCUCUUCCCUCUCUCUCUUUUUUUUUUUCUCUUCUAACCAACACCUCCUCUCCCAUAUCUCAUCAUGUCUGACCUCUUCACCACCAUCACGACCCCCAACGGCGUCAAAUACGAACAGCCUCUGGGCUUGUUCAUUGACGGCGAAUUCGUCAAGGGCGCCGAAGGCAAGACCUUCGAGACUAUCAACCCCAGCAACGAGAAGCCCAUUGUCGCCGUUCACGAAGCCACGGAGAAGGAUGUGGAUACUGCCGUUGCCGCUGCUCGCAAGGCCUUCGAGGGCUCCUGGCGCCAGGUCACUCCUUCCACCCGUGGCCGCAUGCUGACCAAGCUGGCCGACCUUUUCGAGCGCGAUGCCGAGAUCCUGGCUUCCAUCGAAGCUCUGGACAAUGGCAAGUCUAUCACCAUGGCCCACGGUGAUAUCGCUGGCGCCGCCGGUUGCCUGCGCUACUAUGGUGGCUGGGCCGACAAGAUCCAUGGUCAGACCAUCGACACCAACUCCGAGACCUUGAAUUACACUCGCCACGAACCCAUCGGUGUCUGCGGACAGAUCAUUCCCUGGAACUUCCCCUUGCUGAUGUGGGCCUGGAAGAUUGGUCCUGCCAUCGCUACCGGUAACACUGUUGUUAUUAAGACUGCUGAGCAGACUCCUCUGUCCGGUCUCUAUGCCGCGAAGCUGAUCAAGGAGGCUGGCAUCCCCGCCGGUGUGGUUAACGUCAUCUCCGGUUUCGGUCGUGUGGCCGGUUCCGCCAUCUCUCACCACAUGGACAUCGACAAGGUCGCCUUCACUGGCUCCACCCUUGUUGGCCGUACUAUCCUCCAGGCCGCCGCCAAGAGCAACCUCAAGAAGGUGACCCUCGAGCUGGGUGGCAAGUCCCCCAACAUUGUCUUCAACGAUGCCGACAUUGACAACGCCAUCUCCUGGGCCAACUUCGGUAUCUUCUACAACCACGGUCAGUGCUGCUGUGCUGGUUCUCGUAUCCUGGUUCAGGAAGGCAUCUACGACAAGUUCAUUGCCCGUCUCAAGGAGCGUGCUCUCCAGAACAAGGUCGGUGACCCCUUCGCCAAGGACACCUUCCAAGGUCCCCAGGUUUCGCAGCUCCAGUUCGACCGCAUCAUGGAAUACAUCCAGCACGGUAAGGACGCCGGUGCUACCGUGGCUGUUGGUGGUGAGCGUCACGGCACCGAGGGUUACUUCAUCCAGCCUACCGUCUUCACCGACGUCACCUCCGACAUGAAGAUCAACCAGGAGGAGAUCUUCGGCCCCGUCGUCACUGUCCAGAAGUUCAAGGACGUCGAGGACGCUAUCAAGAUCGGCAACAGCACUUCUUAUGGUCUCGCUGCCGGUAUCCACACCAAGGAUGUCACCACCGCCAUCCGUGUCUCCAACGCCCUCCGUGCUGGAACCGUCUGGGUCAACAGCUACAACUUGAUCCAAUACCAGGUUCCCUUCGGAGGAUUCAAGGAGUCCGGUAUCGGCCGCGAGCUCGGCUCGUACGCCCUCGAGAACUACACCCAGAUCAAGGCCGUGCACUACCGUCUGGGCGACGCUCUCUUCUAAUUUAAUAAUUGAAACCAUGAGAAAAUGGGGAGAGUUCGCUUCAGCGACGAGCUCGUGGAUAUUGGGUUACCUUCUUCGCAGAUAGCCAUGACUGGUUCAUGCAAAACAAUCAGGAUACGAAUUUACGAUGAUUACAAA